UUUGAGUUGACUAGACUGUGAGAAAAUACUUGCGAGAUAGUUACCAAAAUUUGAAUAAACAAUCAAAUCAUGCAUUCAAAAUCAACCCGACAUGAGUAAUUUACAAUAUCAUAUGGCGAUUCCGCAGCGGACUCUAAAUUCCUAAUGGGAUGGGAACAAACAUAGGGUUUUGCUGAGACUGUAACCCCAGACUUGUGUCAUCCUGUGAUUUUACCCUCGUCACCCCGACUUUAUUGGUCAGUAUAUCUGCGGACGUCGGUCUCGAGAAGAAGGACUUUGGCUGAUGUUAAAGCACUUUUUUGGGCGGACAGUUAGUGCCAUGUCUGCUGGAGUGUGGUUGUGUGUGCUGCCUGUGCUGGUGCUGGGGUCCAGCCCUGCGGGGACCGGGGCGACCCUCAGCGCAGCGGGGACUCUGGUGUGGGGACCCGGGCUGGAGCCGGACAUCGUCCUGCCUGCUCGCUUCUUCUACAUCCAGGCGGUGGAAAGCUCGGGGAACAAUUUGACAGCAUCGCCUGGUGAGAAGACCUUUGAGGUGAACAUCGUUUCUCCAGUGGAGCAGUUCACCAGGAUAUGGAUACAGGUCCUGGAUCGACGGGAUGGGUCAUUCCUCGUUCGCUACAGAAUGUACGCCACUUACACAGACCUGCACAUCCACAUUUUGCUCAAGGGCAAGCAUGUGGCGAAGUCACCAUAUAUUCUCAAAGGCCCAGUUUAUCACGAAGGAUGUAAUUGUCCUCAGCCACUUGGUUCUGUGUGGGAGGCCCAGAUGCAUUGUCCUCAGUCCUUUGCCCAGAUAGACAGGGACCUGUCCCUUUACACGACUGUUGACCCUGAUCGCAACGCACAGGAGAUCCCACAGCGCUUUGGACAGAGGCAAAGUCUCUGCCACUACACAAUCAAAGACAACAAGGUCUAUGUUAAAACAUUUGGAGAGCAUGUUGGUUUUCGAAUCUUUAUGGAUGCCAUUCUCCUGUCACUCACAAGGAAGGUUUUCCUCCCUGAUAUGGAGUUUUUUGUUAAUUUGGGUGACUGGCCACUGGAGAAGAGGAAACCUACUGAGAAGAUCCAUCCUAUCUUUUCCUGGUGUGGUUCAAACAACACCAGAGAUAUUGUCAUGCCCACUUAUGACCUGACCGAAUCUGUACUUGAGACCAUGGGAAGAGUAAGCCUGGAUAUAAUGUCCGUUCAGGCCAACACAGGACCACCAUGGGCUGAGAAGAAUGCCACAGCCUUCUGGAGGGGCCGGGACAGUCGGCAGGAGCGACUGGAGCUCGUCAAACUGUCCAGGGCUCAGCCUGACUUUAUAGAUGCUGCUUUUACCAACUUCUUCUUCUUCAAACAUGACGAGGACCUCUAUGGGCCGCUGGUCAAGCACGUCUCUUUCUUUGACUUUUUCAAGUACAAGUACCAAAUAAACAUUGAUGGCACCGUAGCAGCAUACCGCCUGCCUUACCUGCUGGCUGGGGACAGUGUGGUUUUGAAGCAGGAUUCUGGUUACUAUGAGUAUUUCUACAACAACCUGAGACCUUGGCAGCAUUACAUCCCUAUAAGAGCAGACCUGGGAGACCUGCUAGAGAAGAUCCAUUGGGCUCGUGAACACGAUGAAGAGGCAAAGAAAAUUGCAGUUGCGGGUCAGCAGUUUGUCCGCAAUCAUCUUAUGGGUGACACUGUAUUUUGUUACUACUACAAACUUUUCAAGGAAUAUGCCAAACUCCAGAUUACAGAGCCGAAGAUUCGGAAGGGCAUGGAGCUUGUGGAGCAGCCCGCUGAUGACCUGUUUCCAUGCCUCUGUCACCGGACUACGGCAAAGGAUGAACUUUGACCUCUCACUACAAAGAUAAGCCCUACAUAUCCAGUAUACUGCCAAAAAUAAAAACCUUGGAUGCGAAUUAACUGUAUGACUAUGACAUAAAUAUCUUUUAAACUUUUUUUAAUAAAUAUUUUUCUUUGUGCAUAUUGUGUUUUCCAUGAUAUACACAAUUUAGAUGUACAACAUUUACAAUUUUUGUUGAACUGUGGUCUAACAGCCGAAUAUUAGACCUGUUGAAAAGCAACAUAUUUUCAGCAACUUUAAAGGAGUAGUAUGUGAAAAUCAAACAUGCUUGGGAGCGCAUACUUGGGUGUCUAAUGUUACAGCCAUCAUAACCUUGUCACUUUUUGGGGGGAUGAAGAGGACUGAAAAUGUUUUUGAGUGAGCUACUAAUAUUUUCAGGUUACUAUGACAUCACAGACGCUCAUCAAAAUUGACAUACAGUAUUCAUAUUCCCCAUCUUCAUCUCUUGCUGCAUUUGCUAUACCUCAUAAUGGGUAGUCCAAGAGGGGAGACCCCACUGAGAAGAGGUUUUGGGUGGAUUUGGUAGAUGACACCAUCUUAAAAGGGGCUGCUAUGAACAGAGCCAUAAAGAUAUAGUUAAAAAGGGUAUCUUUAUGGGAUUUUGACCAAAGUGUUUUAGACAUUUCAUUAAGAUCAGAGGAAUUUUAAUCUGUUUUUGUUUUGUUUUUUGGAAAAGGGCAAAAUAGUAUAUCUCCUUUUAAGGCUUUGUAGCAAUCGUUUUAUGCCACCUCACUGUGCUGUUUGAAACAGAGCCAUGAGAUGUUUUGAUAGGCCUCUGUUGCUGAUUUAAUGGUGAAAUGAGGGGGAGGAGCUGUAUGCAAGGACAAGCAAUGUCAUGAAAGUCAGCGUUUUUUUGAUAAUGUUUGUUACUCAGGUGAUUCCACAAUGCUGUUAUGCUGUAUUAUUACCUAAGGUGAGCAGCAGCUGCCCUCCACAUUGACCGGUCGUAUUAGAGAUCCAGCUCCCUGAGCCGUCUGCACACUGACACUCCCCUGAUCGCUCUACCAAGUACUAGCCCUACUUCACCAUUCCAACCAAUCAUGUCUGUCUGCUGGAGUGGACAUAAUGCAUGACAGACAAGCCUCUUUUUUUCUUUUUCUGCGGUAUUUCUGAGUUUUUCAGAGCCUGUCAGAUUCCUUAAUCGCUGAAACAAAAAUCAAGUCAGUUACAGGAUUCUGCAGAAAAAAGAACUACAGUACACUCACGGGCCAAUUUAUUAGGUAAACCCUACUAGUACCAGGUUGGACCCCCUUUUGCCUUCAAAACUGCCUUAAUCCUUCGUGGCAUAGAUUUAACAAGGUACUGGAAAGCCCGUAUUGACAUGAUAGCAUCACGCAGUUGCUGCAGAUUUGUCGGCUGCACAUCCAUGAUGAGAAUCUCCCGUUCCACAACGUCCCAAAAGUGCUUUAUUGGAUUGUUUAUUUUAUAUAUUCAUCAACCAACCUCAUCUAUAUAGAUGUGUCUGUUGUGUAUCUGCCAACAUCCUGACCUGCAGGUCAGUAAUAUGUACAAAACUCUUAGUUCUCCUGCUAAGAGAUAGUUAAUAUUCAUAUCUUGUCUUUUGUACCUUCAACAAUAUAUCUGCGCCUCUCCUCUCUCUGUUCAUUCUUUGUCUGAUCUCUCUUUGCCUGCUCUGCCCAGCUGGCCUUCAGUAGGCGGUUGGGUCCUCUUAUGAUCCAGGUCCUGCUCAAUGUUUCUUCCCUCCUAAAGAGGAGUUUUUACCUGACGUUGUUUAUGUAAUAAUUGCUCGGGGGUCAUGUUCUGGGUCUCUGGAGAGCACUUAGAGACAACUUGUAUUGCAUUAGACACUUUAUAAAUAAAAUUUAAAUGAAUUGAUUUGAAUAAGAGCUUACAACAGAGAAGUCAAUGUACAUAGAUAAUGGUGAGCGCACAAGAUUAAUGCACAUUUAGACUAUACAUUCCGGUACUUGUAUUUUAAUGUGCAUGAGACAUCUGCAGCUGUUUAUUGGGGUCUUUUUUACAAGGGCUUGCAUUUAAGUGCCAGUGAAAUUUGGAAAGAUCAAAUGUACUGUCACCUCACAGCAAAAAUAUUCAUGGUUCAGAUCUUUGCAAUGGCUUUCUUAUGAGAUUUGUUGACAGGAGUACUUUUGGCUCAGGUUACGGUUUGCACCCAAACGUAGAUUUUGCUUUGCAGUGUUGAGAACACAAAUCCCAUUCAGCUGUACAGAUAAAACAUUCACAAAAGACGCAACAAUAAAAUCAAGUAAAUCAAUAAAAACAAAAUGUUCCAGCGCAAAUCAGGAUAAAUCCAAUAAAAGUUUAGAGUACUCUAAAAUAAAGAAAAUAGAACCAAAUAGCUACUUAAAAUACCAAAUAAAAAAUUUGCACCGCACAUAUAUACAUGUGCAAAUGUUAUAACUUGUUCAUCAAUGAAGCAGCAGGAGCAAAGCUGUUCCUAAAACAUUUAGUUUUACACCUUAAAACCAAAAACCUAGGAAGCAGCUGAAAUGCAAAGUGCAAAGGGUGUCGUCAGUCUUGAUCCAUCAUGACAUCUGCUGCUGUUGUCUGGUAUACUGGGAGUCUGGACUGGUCUGAAAUCACUCGAUUUAGUUCUUGUUUCUUGUUUUCAAGAUUACCAAAUCUGAAUAAUGAGUGCUCUAAAUUAGACUGCAUAUUAAGGCCAGUAUGUGUAUAAAAAAAACAAAACAAAACAAACAAGUAGGAUAGUCAGCAUGGGGUAACUCAAAGUAUUUAUUUGAAGAAACAAAAAGAACUGAAUACUUGUUUGAUUUUGAGAGCUAUUGGGUGGAUUAUUUUAAUUUUACAUCACUGGUCUGUGAUGCAAAGUAGUAUAAAAUGUCAACUGUAUGGUUUGAAAACUAGGUUAAAAGAAUCCACACUUAAAUGUAUAUUUAUUACACGAUCAAUGUUUGAAUUAAAAAAAAAAAAAAAAAAAAAAAACAAACAAACAUUUUGUUCCUGAAAUCCCCCCUGAAUCCACCCAACUGCAAGGAUCAGAAUUAUAAUAUGUUUUUUUUGUGUGUUUUUUUUUUAAUCAGGGUUAUCCCAAUCAUACUAAAAAGUUUUGAACAACCUAAAAGUGAGGAUUUUAUCCAGAUCAAAACCAAGAUUAGAUUACCUUUGACCAAUAGAGCCCUGCAUCUGUUCUAAUCAGUUCCCAGAGUCAGAACCAGACAUGGAGAAGCUGCGUUCAGCUUCUAUGUUCCCCAUGUCUGGAACAAACUCCCAGAAAGCCUCAGAUCAGCUGAAACAGUGUAAUCAAAUCCAUGUUGGUUUUCAGCUGCAUUUGAAUAAAGCUUCAAAUCUGCACUGGUACUUUUAAGCUUGAGUUUCACUACUGUUUUAACUACCGUUUUAUAUCUCUUGUUUACAUUCUAAAUCAUGCUUUUAUUCUCUACUGUGUUUAUGUUUUAAUGUUUGGAAAUGAAUUUGUUGAAUU